GAAGGAGUAAUAAUAGCACAGCAAGUCUCGCGGGAAGAACGAUCCUUUCUGCGAGAGAAUAAGUUGGUUAGAUCUAUCAGCGUGCGGCCUGCAGCUGUUGCUCUCCUACAGCUAUAUACUUACUGUUCUUCUUUCCCCAUCUCUUUAUUCUCACUCUUCAUCUCUGGUUGAAAAUUAACGAUCCAUCGACGAUGAUGGAUUCCAACAAGUGUGUUCUGUUUCUGAUAAUCUGUUCGUGGGGGGCAUCCCUGAGUUCGAGCGAAGACGGCGGCGGGAUCUCGACGGCCGGAGACACACCGGGCGCAGUGCCGUGCGCGCAGAAGUUGCUACCCUGCCAACCGUACCUGCAUUCUCCGUCGCCUCCCUCGUCCUGCUGCGCGCCGCUGAAGCGGAUGAUCUCCGACGACGCCCACUGCCUCUGCGCCGUCUUCAACAACGCUGCCAUUCUCAAGUCUCUCAACAUCACCCAAGCUGAUGCUCUGAACCUCGCCAAGGCUUGCGGCGCUAAUGCCGACAUUUCUGUUUGCAAGAAUGAAGCUACGUCGCCAACGGGUUCACCCACUACUCCUGCAACUCCAUCCGAUGGUUCUUCGAACAAUUCUACAGGGAGUGCAACUACAAAAAAUUCAGCCAGUUGGAACUAUAAUUUUAGUGCUUCUACUCUCGUUGCUCUCGUUGCAGCUUCAGUUAUUAUUUCAGCAUUUUAAUCAAUUAGGGUUUUUAGAUUCUAAUAAAAUAGCCUUUAUUUAUUUAUGUUUUUGGAAUUUGCAGAUUUGACAGUUAUCCCUUAAGCAACUUGGCUGCAUGUUAGAUUUUUUAAAUUAAAAUAAUAUAUGUUUUCA